GAGCUGCGCCUGCUGUCAUCGAGCUGGACGGCGGGCGUCGAUGGCCCCAAUGGCUGGCAGGUGGACCUCACGAAGGCCACGGGCGUGCCCGGGGUGGUGCUCGGGGCCAUCCUGGCCGGGAGGUGCCGGGACCAGUGCCUCGUGGUGACCCCGGAGCGCCAGCGGCGCUUCUGCGAGUCCCUGCUGUCCCAGUGCUCCUCGCUGUGGUUUGCGUUCGACGACUGCGGGGUGGGCGCCGAAUGCGCGCGCGCCAUCGGCGCCGCGCUGCUGCUCAGCGACCGCUUCACGUCGCUCAGCCUGGCGACCAACGCUCUGGGCGACAAGGGGGCGGCCGCGAUAGCGGAGAUGCUGGCGGAGCACACGUCGCUCGUGCACCUUGACGUCUCCGCCAAUGGCAUCAGCUGGGCCGGCGCAGGCCCUCUGCUCGAGGCACUGCUGGUGAACCGAUCGCUCACCCACCUGGACAUUUCCUCCAAGUCGCACGGAUCCCGCAACCGCGUCGAGAGGAGGAAUGCCGCCGCGCUGGAGCGCAUGCUGGCCACCAACCCCGUGCUCGCGAAGCUAUGCCUCAGCAGCGUAUGCCUAGGCACCGAUGGCCUGGUGGGCGUGGCGCGCGGCCUCACGAUGAACAGCACUCUGCUGUCGCUGGACCUGAGUGGCAACGACAUCGGCACGAGGGGGGCGCUGCUGCUGUGCGAUGCGCUGGCCAGCUGCGGGCUGGAGGAGCUGAACCUCUCGGACAACAGGAUCGGGGACGAGGGGCUGCAGGGCAUCGGCGACAAGUUGGGGGCGCUUCCGAGGACCCCGCAGGCGGCGCUGGAGUCGGGGGCCUGGGACCGUUCCGCGGAGGCCGCCAGCGGCGCUGUGUCCAAAUACUGCGAGGCCGUCGGGGAGCUGCCGCGGGCGCUACGGCAAGGCUCGCGGCAGCGGGUGGCCGACGCCACAGAGGCCGCUCUUGCAGGCGCCCGCGCCGCGCAGGUGCGCGUCCCCAAGCUGCGCUUCCUCGCCCUAGCGAACAACGGCGGCUCUGGCGCGGGCGUGGAGCGCAUCGGCGAGGCACUGAGGACGAACCCUGCGCUGGAGAGGCUGGUGCUCGACGGGUGCGAGCACAGGACCGUCGAGCCGCUGAUGGCUUCGCUGCCCGUGAACGCCUCCUUGAGGAGCCUGAGCCUGGGCGACUGCAGGCUGAGCUCGGCCUGGAUCGUAGACCUGUGCAGCGUCUUGCCCUUCAGCAGGUCGCUGGAGUCCCUGUCGCUGAGGGCCAACCACGUUGGCCCCGAAGCGGCUGCUGCAAUCGGCGCGGCCCUCGCCACCGACGGGCUGGUCCUGAGGACGCUCAACCUCAGCUCCUGCCACCUCAGAGAUCCCGAGGGCGCCACCAUCGCCCGGGGCCUCGCAGGCAACGUGCGCCUCGAGAACCUGAACCUGCGCAACAACGCCCUGCAGGAGCCGGCGGCGCUGGAGAUCCUGGACGCAGUGCGUUCGAACACGACGCUGACGCAACUGACUCUGGAGCUCAACGCCAUCGACUUCCGCCACAUCGGGCAGGUGAAGAAGCUGCUCGAGAGGAACCUCCAGCUGCGGCGCCAGGCGCGGCCAGAGCAGUACAGCAAGAGGCUGGGCGAGCUGCUCGAGUGCAAGAGGGAGGUGGACCUCUUGUCGGGCACGCUGGAGCGGAAUCACGCGAUGAAGCGGCGGGUGCAGAUCAAGCAGGCCGCCGCGCUGCAGACCCUCGAGGACGCGCGCGAGCACGAGGCCCGGCGGCAGCGGGAGCUCGAGCUCGCUCUGGCGGACGUGCUGUCGAGCAGGGAGCUCGUCGACAAGGAGCUCGCCGCCGUGUCCGACCAGCUGGCGGCCCUGACGGCGGACAACCAGUACGAGGCCAGCCAGCACCGGGCCUCCAUCGAGGCCACGCGGGGCCAGAUCGGCCAGGCCCAGAAGCACCUGCGGCAGACCAGGGCGCGCCUGGAGGCCUUCGAGGAGACCGCGGGCGCCGAGCUCGCCCUCCUGGGCGAGGAGCUCCGGCGCGCCGAGCGCGGCAGGGACAGCUCUGCGAGCAUGGCCUCAGCGGCCCAGCGCCACCUCGAGAGCUUCACCACCUCUCUCCGCGCCAUCGAGGGCGACCUCGCGGGGGGCGCGGACCCGCGCCAGCGGCGCGUCGCGGCCCCUACCCCUGUGGAGCCCGCCGCCCCCCGGAGCGCCCCGAGGCCGCCCCGCGCGGCCGCGGGGCCCUCCCCCUCCCAGACCCCCGAGGUCGUGACUCGCCCCGCACGCAGAAAAGCCUCCCGCCGUGAUCCUUUCACCACGCGAGGGGGUCUGGCCUCCUCGCGCACCGGC